AUGCGGCCCAGGGGGCCUGACAUUCGGGAGAUCUCGCUGAAAACACUAGAGCCCAAAGACUGCCCCCAGACCUUCGCCCAGAAGGCCCCGGGACUGCCAGAUCCCCGCCACGUGCCCGCUCCCGGGGCGCCGGCAGGUCCCACGGCCCCGCCCCUCCGACCCGGGCCCCGCCCCUCGCCCGCGCGCCCCGGCCCCCAGCCCGCGCGCCCCGGCCCCCAGCCCGCGCCAGACUCCCAGCAUCCCCCGCGGCCGCGGGCCUGGAGCGAGCGGCUCGGGAAGCGGGGGCACCGCGCGCCGCCACCGCACUCCGCGCCUCACCGCGCAACCGAACCCGCUGCGCCCUCCGCCCCGCCCCCCCGCCGGGCGCGGGCGCGGGCGCCGGCCACUGAUUGGUCUCUGCCGCUGACAGCCACCCGCGGGCCCUGGGGCGGUGCGUGGUAUACCAAAGACUUCCAGCCUCUUCCAUUGGAUGCCCCUGUCCUCUCCUUGCAGCCAGGUGACUCCGUGCUUGUUUGUACCUGGAAGGAUGAGCCUCUCCAAGAGAAGUGGAAGGGACCCCACACCGUCCUGCUGGUUUCCCACACGGCGGCAAAGGUCAAGGGACACAAAAACUGGAUCCAUCACUCUCGCCUGAAGGCGGUGCCUGCUCUUCCACCGGCAGAACAGUGGACCGUCCAGCCCAUCACCACCUCACCCUUCGAUGAUCUUGGACUCAAAUUAUUGUUUAAAAAGACAUAA